AUGACUGCAAGCGAGCCACCACAGAUGAACCAAUCCACCCCCGCGAACCUGUCGCCUGUGGUGCCUCCGGUCAAUUCAAACUACAGUGGAGAUUUAGAGCCCCACGCGAUCGCCAAAGGCAAGCGGAAGCCAGCGGGUCCCGCGAAGGGGGAGAGCUCCCAGCGACUCAAGACCGUUAGAGCGUGUGAUAUUUGUAAAGAGAAAAAGACUCGCUGCAGUGGAACUCGUCCGUGUGCGCGUUGCCUGCGACUGUCGUUGGCGUGUGAGUACGAGACGACAUAUUCUAGGGGGCUGGGCCCGCCGCCACCACCACCGCUGGAGAUUACCUUCGACGACCAGUCGGGCGAGCAUCCCUUUUUGAAACAUGAUCCAAGCUACCCAGGAUCCAUUCAACAUAUUGCACAGCAUGAGAUGACUCAGGCUCCCACAAGCAGUACCGAUCUCUUGACGGCGGACUUCCGGGGAGGAUAUCUAGACCUGGCAUCAGGAACCUCCUUCAUCAAUCGGGUGUGUCAAGGCCUCAACCAAGGGAAACCCCCCUCAUCUGGCACCGUGAGUGUUUCGGACGGGCUGCAGGGCGAACUCUCAGACAGCCCGUCAGUCACCAAAUUUGGUGACAAGCCGUAUUCAAGCCUUUACAAGCUUGAUUUCACCCUCCCGCCGCUGGAGAGAGCAUUGGAGAUAGUUGCCACAUACUUUGAGUAUGCCAUGGUGACUUAUCGAUUCUUGCACCGCGGUCAGGUGGAGCGCUGGCUUCGUCAGAUCUACCGAAGCAAUAUCUCUGCCACGAAUCUCCCUACAGACUUCAUGAUAGGACGAUGCUGUAUUGUGUACAGUGUGCUUGCAAUCGGAACACUCUACGAUAGACGACCGCCUGACCCCGACUUCGACCACGAUGAGCAGAGUGAACGAUGGUUUGCCCUCUCCAAGCGGAUGUCAGCAAUUGAGUCGGGCGCCCCACAGCUAGAGACAGUACAGGCACGAUUGAACCGAAGUCUAUAUCUGCUGGCAUCUUCACGAGCGAGCGAGUGCUGGUUCGCGUUCGGAACUACCGUCCAGUUCUUGACUGCUCUGAACAUACAUCGCAAGUGGCCUUCCACAAUGAUCAAGGAAGGUAAGGGUACGUACAUGGAGCAAGAGCUUCGCAAGAGGACAUUCUGGAGCGUGUACACCCUGGAUAAGUAUCUAAGCGUGAUGUUUGGAAGACCACGGCUGCUGCACGAUGACGACUUUGACCAAGAGCUUCCAGACGAGGUGUCGGACCAAGACCUGUUGAUCAACGAUCCGAACAUGCGAUCUGGCGUUCCUGAUGAUGUUAUGAUUGCAUCUGUGCUGCAUUAUCGACUCUCCCGGGUCCUGGCAGAUAUUUCAAAGAAGUUGUAUAGCCUUAACGUGCCCACAGGAUCCCCCUUUGAGGCGGCUGUCCUUUUGAUUCUAGAGCUGGAACGAUGGAAGGAGGCUGCGUCGCCAUUGAUAGAUCGCUGGCGAUCUCAGAUUCAGCAGCUUGCCUACUCGCACGCGGUCAUCUACAUAACGCGUCUGUUUCUCUUGAACGAUUGCGACGAUGUUCCUCAAGCGAGUGUUUCUACGUAUGUCCAGAAAUGCAUCGGAUCUGCCGAGGAUAUUAUGACCAUUAUCAAUGGGAUCGCGCAGAAGAAGGCUCUCAUCCAUGGAUUUUGGUUUACUCAUUACGUGUGCUUCUGUGCCAUCACGGUGGUAUACAUCUAUAUCAUUAAACAGCACCAAGGGUCCUCCACAGUUGAUGCCUCGAACAAAAGGAUGGAUAACAGCAGCCAGCUGCAAUAUCUGUUCAGCCUAGCUGAGACCUGUCAGCAGCAUUUAGGGAAGGCCACCUCUCGAAGCAGCCCCAAUCGUCGCUAUGGCAUUAUUCUGGAGCAAUUGCGCCUGGAGGUUCACCGACAAGUCGUUUCAAACCUCCGACCGGGCACUCAGACAGAAACAGAAGAUGAAAUUGGCAAGAUCCUUCCCCAAGCGGACAGCUUUCUUCAACCUAGUUUCCAUGCCCCUGUUACUUCCGUCUCCCCGAAGCCGAAAAUCCCAGCCUUUGAUGGACUGCCAAUCGACCCCUUUGACUCUCACCUUGUGGACGACUCAUUUAAGUUGUAUGACGGACUUGGAUUUCCAGAAAGCUCUGAUAAUUCCGCCUGGUGGGCCCAGCUUGACUCCUGGGCGUACACGGAUCUCUCGGAUGAGCCUUCUAUAUUUCAAUUCUGA